AUCUUGUUAAGCGGCCAGUGCAGUUCCGAUGCUCAUCGGGCUCAGUCGACGAUCAAUCGCCCAUCUUUCACCGUCUUCCAAAUGCAUUGCUUGUGGAUAUUGUUGUGUGGCGUGCUGUGUUUUCUAACGGCUGUCCGGUGUUCUGAUAUCGGGCAAGAAGCGCAACCGUGUACUACGCCUAAAGGUAUCGCUGGCCAAUGUGUACGAGUGCGUGACUGUGGCUAUGUGUUGGAUCUCCUGCGCAAGGACAACUUUUUCUACAACGAUACGGAAUAUCUGAAGCGAUUGCAGUGUGGCACACUGCCGGAUGGAAGGGCACUGGUCUGCUGUCCCCGGUUUGUGAACGAACCGCAGUGUGGCCCAUUUGCGCUUGGUGUUCGCAUUUUCGGUGGGAAUGAUACGAAGAUAGGAGAAUAUCCUUGGAUGGCGUUGUUACGGUUUCAGACGCGCAACCGCAAGAUCCAGGCGAACUGUGCUGGUUCGCUGAUCAGCAAGCGGUUCGUGCUGACGGCUGCCCAUUGCUACACAAUGGCCAAGAAGAAGGGAUGGGCUAUUCACUCGGUACGCGUUGCGGAAUGGAAUUAUAUGAACCAUCGGGGAAAUAAAGAUUGCAAACAGCUUCCGGGUUACGGCGUACCGAUCUGCCGGAAGGAUUAUGAUGUGGCCCGAUUUGUGGUUCAUCCCGACUAUCGCGUUAACUACGCGGUACACGUGAACGACAUUGCACUGAUCGAGCUGACGGCCGAUGUUGAGUAUAACGUUUUCGUCACACCAAUAUGUCUACCGGUGAAUGCAACCAUUCUGCCACCGGGUGGUCCCGGUACGGAGUACACGGCAGCUGGCUGGGGUUCCACAGAUCAAGAUUCCGGAAUGUCAUACUUGCUGAAGCAGAUAAAUCUGCGCGAGUUUGAUAUGAAUCGGUGCAAGAAGCUGUUCCAGGUACCCAAUGACGACGGGGUCGGAGUGGGCCACAUCUGCGCCGGUGGAGUACGCGGUGAGGACACGUGCCACGGAGACUCGGGUGGUCCGCUGAUGGAGUCCGCGGAUGGCGUUUGGUAUUUGACCGGAAUCACCAGCUUCGGAUGGCCCCGGUGUGGGAUGGAAGGAGUCCCAGGAGUGUACACGAACGUUAGCCACUAUCUUGACUGGAUUGCGCAGGAGACAUACCGAGGAAUUCUGGUGUAAGGUGUUGAAUGGUGGCUGUUCGCGCUAGUCUUCAUUAUCUGUUCACCAACAGCGAAUAAAUGUUGACGUUGUUUGGGUUAA